CAUUGAUUUCAGUGGAAGCGCAGGCGGAGGAGCGACGAAGAGGAGCGGAGCAGAGCUGGAGCUGGAGGAACGCCUCCAAACAGCUUCUCCUCUUAUUAUUCACCUCUUCUCCACCGCAUACAACCAGACCCGACGACCAGUCCGCGUAUUAGCCAGAGAGCGGCUCUUCUUGCGACCUAUUUGCUCGGAGAUAACCAAAGGAGUCCCCCCCAUCCACUCCGCGCGAGCGCAUAAGGCUUUGCAUCGUGGCGCUCUCACGAGUGGCAUGCUCGAGCGACCCGUCGGGCACGACUGAAGUCCUUCUUUCACCCAAAGAGGAUUCAAUGAAAAUGUCAGUGUGCGUCCAUGAGAACCGGAAAUCCCGAGCCAGCACCGGCUCCAUGAACAUCUACCUUUUCCACAAAUCCUCCUAUGCCGACAGUGUCCUCAUGCACCUCAACGCUCUACGGCAGCAGAGGCUCUUUACAGACGUCCUCCUCCACGCGGGCAGCCGCUCCUUCCCCUGCCACCGUGCCGUGCUGGCCGCGUGCAGCCGCUACUUCGAGGCCAUGUUCAGUGGCGGUCUGAGGGAGAGCCAGGCCAGCGAGGUCGACUUCCGAGACUCGAUUCACCCGGAGGUUUUAGAGCUGCUGCUCGACUACGCAUACUCAUCACGGGUGGUGAUCAAUGAGGAGAAUGCAGAGUCGCUGCUGGAGGCUGGGGACAUGUUGGAGUUUCAGGACAUUCGUGAUGCCUGCGCCGAAUUCCUGGAAAGAAACCUUCAUCCGUCCAACUGUCUUGGCAUGCUGUUGCUGUCUGACGCCCACCAGUGUACGAAGCUGUCAGAGCUCUCCUGGGGCAUGUGUCUAAGCAACUUCCCUGCCAUUUGCAAGACAGAGGACUUUCUCCAAUUGCCCAAAGAUAUGGUAGUGCAGCUUUUGUCGCACGAGGAGCUGGAGACAGAAGAUGAGAGACUGGUUUAUGAAGCUGCCCUUAAUUGGAUUAACUAUGACCUAGAAAAGAGGCACUGCUACCUCCCAGAGCUUCUGAGAACGGUUCGUCUCGCCUUGCUGCCUGCCAUCUUUCUAAUGGAGAAUGUUUCAACAGAAGAGCUGAUUAAUGAUCAGGCCAAAAGCAAAGAACUGGUUGAUGAAGCUAUUCGCUGCAAGCUGAAGAUCCUCCAGAAUGAUGGCGUGGUCAACAGCCCGUGUGCUCGACCUAGAAAAACCAGCCAUGCCCUUUUCCUGCUUGGCGGACAGACAUUCAUGUGUGACAAACUGUACCUGGUAGACCAGAAAGCCAAAGAGAUAAUCCCAAAGGCCGACAUCCCCAGUCCCAGGAAGGAGUUCAGCGCCUGUGCCAUUGGCUGUAAGGUGUACAUCACAGGCGGGAGAGGAUCAGAGAACGGCGUUUCCAAAGACGUAUGGGUCUACGACACUGUGCAUGAGGAAUGGUCCAAAGCAGCACCUAUGCUCAUCGCCAGGUUUGGCCAUGGCUCAGCGGAGCUGAAACACUGCCUAUAUGUUGUUGGAGGACACACUGCGGCGACAGGCUGUCUCCCUGCCUCUCCGUCCGUGUCGCUCAAACAAGUAGAACAGUUUGACCCAGUGGCAAACAAGUGGACCAUGGUGGCACCCCUCAGAGAGGGUGUGAGCAACGCGGCAGUGGUCAGCGUGAAACUAAAGUUGUUUGCCUUCGGCGGAACCAGUGUCACCCACGACAAACUGCCCAAGGUGCAAUGCUAUGAUCCGCAGGAAAACCGAUGGACUGUGCCGGCAUCCUGCCCGCAGCCGUGGCGUUACACCGCCGCUGCCGUGCUCGGGAACCAAAUAUUUGUCAUGGGCGGGGACACCGAAUUCUCAGCCUGCUCGGCUUACAAGUUCAGCAGCGAGAACUACCAGUGGACUAAAGUGGGGGACGUAACGGCCAAGCGGAUGAGCUGCCAGGCUGUGGCAUCGGGAAACAAACUGUACGUGGUGGGCGGGUACUUUGGUACACAGCGGUGUAAAACUCUGGACUGCUACGACCCCACACUCGAUGCAUGGAACAGCAUCACAACUGUUCCGUACUCGCUCAUCCCUACUGCCUUUGUCAGCACCUGGAAACAUCUACCAGCUUGAAUCUUGAACCAUUGACCUGUACCUUCUCCAAUAGAUCUCCCCGGUUUCGCGUCAUCUGCUGGUCUCCUGACCACGAAGAAGCACACAUUCUCUUUAUCCAAAAAGAGACGCCAAGCAGCGAUGUACAGAUGCCCCGCAUUCAUCUUGGUGUUGCAAAAAAUGUAAAAACAAAACCAAACAAAAAAAAAAACAGAGAAGAAGAGAAACAAAAAAGACAAACACGCAGGAGCAGAGAAUCCAAAGGUGUGCAGUCGUUGAGGAAGGCGGACAUCUUGCUCCGAGACACCAAACUGACCGACGCUUGCUCUGCGAGGCACAGACUCUGACCUGUGUGCACAUUGUGCUUUCAUGCUGCCAUAGGAGUGCUGCAAACAUAUCAUGAAAAGCUGCAUUCUUCAUAUGUAGUCAUAACAGGCUUGUGACGAUCUGUGAAGUUUUCUCUAUAACAAAAAAAUUAUAGAUAUAUACACACACGCACACAUAUAUAAAUAUAUAUAAAUAGCAUGACAAAUGCUUUGGUUUGACUGAAAAAGAACAAAAUCAAUGGAUUUUGACUGAAUAUCUGACUCAUACACGGAAAAAUGAAGGAGCAAAUCUUCCCCGCUUUUGAUUUUUUUUGUUUGUUUUCAAACUGUUAAAAGCUUCUAAUUUAUGCUUCAGACCCAGAAAAAAAAGGACAUUUGCGCUUUUCUCUUACAAAAACUUUCCUGUCGCUGCCACUCAUGAGGCGGAUCGAUGGGAUUUGCGUGUGCCUGGAGGUCGUGGCCUUACGUGUGCGGCGUUUGUCGCCGACACGUUAACGCCCAAUGUUUGGAUUCUGCAGCGACGCCGUAAAACAUCGUUUUCUCCAGACGGACCCGCCGGCUCGCCUGUUGAUUCGCCGCCAAAGUCCUUUUUUCGAGCAUGUUCUCUCACAGUGGUUCAGUGAAAACUGGCAUGUACUCCUCAAAAAGUCUUGUCACCUUAACACAAAAAGCUGAAUUUAUUAUCCUUUUUCGAAAAAAAAAAAAACACUUUCUUCUUGAACUUGCUGCAGUGUAGUCUUAAUUUAUAUGGUACUGGUAUACUGUGUCAUGUUAAUAUGUUUAAUCCUAUUUAUUUCUGUUCUGCCUGCAUUCAGAUGUGAAUGUACGUCUGGGUUAUGUCGUGCAUGGCCAAGUGUUGUGUUUCAUUUGGUCUCAGUGAGCUGCCUUUUGCACACUUCAGUCUUUGCCAGGAGAAACUUGCUUUUUUCCAAGACGUAGCUUCGCUGUUCACUUCUUUUCAAGUGGCUUAAAAAGAAAGAGACUUAAAUUAUAGAAAGAGUUGCUAACCAUAAGAUGGAGCAUUCACUAGGGAAUAUGCUGGAAACUGGGAUCAACUUCCAACAUAAGAAGGUUUUGAUUAGAAAACUAGAAAAACACACAAAAAAAAAUCACAUUUUUUUUCUCCCUUUCUUUGUUUUAAAAGCUUCAACUUGCUCUAAAAGGCUAAUACCCACCUCCACCUACCUGCCAACACAAAGACAAAUUGGGCAGUUUUGAAUUUUUUUGUCUUGUCUGUCGAAAUGUUAAAAUUAUCAUUUGAAAGCUGCUAUUGGCGUCUCUGCUAAGCAGCGGGCUGCAGGCUAGCCUCCUGCCCUUCAGUCACAGGGAACACAGUGAUUUUUAUGUAUUUAACGUACAUUUUUCAACGAGUCCACGAAACUAAAAUUAUAGACAACAUUCUUAUUCUUUAAUCGUGUUGUUUAGCAGCACUUGCUAACGUUGCAAGUGCUGCUAUUACUUUAAAUAUCAAAGCAACUAGAUAAUCUGACACCUUUUUUGAAAUUGUGAGUAGAAGCUUGCACCAGCUCAAAUCUAGACCAAUACAAGGCUUAAUUGGUAAAAAAAAAAAAAAAACCUUCAUAUCUUGCUAAUUAUGAAAGCCCAAAAGAAAAGAUAGGAUGGCACGAUGACAGAUUGACCUCGACAUGGUUGAGAAUUUGGCAGUGUUUGCAGCUGUCCCAAGGACAGCAGAGGCUGUGUGACACGUGCCAACUUGGCUCCCUGAGAGUGAACCUGUGGUCCCGUUAGCUGUUUGAGUUUGGCUCCGAAUGCUGUGUAACGUUAAGGGCAGACACCGCAGUGCUUUUCACCAUAAAAAAAAAAAAAAAACACACAUUCAGUGAAGCAAGUUUCUGCAAACCAAAAAAAAAACAGCAGCAACAAAAGUCUUAACAUAUCUGCUAACAUCUUCUCAAUGUUUUUGUCUGUUUGUCUGUCUAGGUGACCUGAACAUGUUGCAUUUGCAUUGUCAAAUUCAUUCACAUUGUAAAAGGUUUUGUCUUGGUGGAAUUGGUGUAUUUUGUUUCAGAUCUUCAUCCUUUAAGACCCCCACAUAUCCCACUUUCCAUUCACAUCCAGUGGAAAUCAUCCCCCUGUAAAGUGCCGCUCAGCCCUCCUUCGGCCAUUCACAAAAUUCCUCCUAUUGUGAAUUUGAAGACUUGUGUGACGACCAUUGAGGCUCUGUAACGUCCACCACAUCCAGUCGCUGAAUUAAGAGACUCCAACCCAACCAAUCAGAUAAGGACAUUUCUCCCCCUCCCCUCCACACAUAAGUCUCCCUGGCAACAGUGAGCAAUGAAUGCCCCUUCAAUUUGCACCUAAUUGCUGAGCGGCAUUUCCACCGAUUUAUUUUUUCCCCCCCAUCUCGUCGUCUUGAGCUUUCACAGAAAGUGGUAAACGAGACGGGACGAUUCUGUCAGUGUGCAUCGGAUUUCUCUUAUUUGAUCAAGUAAAAGUUUUGUUUCGAUUUUUUACGGUGUUAUUUUGUUACAUUUGAUUCUUUUUUCUUUCUUUUUCACAAUGUGAAAUUCAUGGCUAAUAAACAUAAAGAGUUUUUUCCUCUUGACUGUAA